UAAAUAAAUAAAAUAAAAAUCAACCAGCCACCCUCCUCCCCUUCAUAAGUAACGAACAGUCCCUAAAGUACGGUGAGGUUUGUGGGCAGUGAACGGCUUGUUUCUCCUCUGACACGUCACGUACAGUCUGUGUUCGGCUGGCUCGGCUGUUCAGGUACUUCUGGGCAGUCAUGACGCCAAGAAGAGGAUAUUAUUGGAGCUGACUUCUCCGUCGCCCGGUAAGCCGAUGGCCGCCGUAAUUGUCAGGAAUGCAUUACUGUCUGUGUCUGUGACCCCCGUUCAACCCACAACCGAUGGUAUUCGCCUUUCGUUUCUGCUGCUGGUUGAAAUCUGUAGGCUGCUCGCACAGCGUGCUGAAUGAUUUAAGCCCAUUUUGCUCACUCAAAAGUAUUUUUAGUCGCAAAUGCGAGUGCUGUGACGGGCGGAUCGCCACACUGCCGACAUUUUACUCAGCCCGUCACGGCACAGUGUUCAGUGUUACUAAGAUUGUCAUAAUAUGUAAAUCUCGACAUAUGCUGGACAUUUGAGCCGUAUUAGCAGCUAUGUUGCUAACGUUAAGUGUUUCAAAACGAAACAGAGCUGAAAACACUGAGCGGACCCGACGGAAUAUAAACCGACGUAACGUAACGCUAAUUGAGAUCAACUAUGAUUGAAUCACUGUGAUUAUGGUUAUUGUAUGGCGAGCUAGAAUCGAUAUAGACGGCCAGUUAUGCUUUCUCGACAUAAGCUCAAGGAAACAACAUAAAACGCUGCCGUGUUAACCUUUGACCGAGAGCAUGCACUCCUUUUGUCAUCCAGGUAAUCCUCUGACUCACAUGCACACUUCUCAUGUGUGAAUUAUUCUGUGUAAUGAUGACCAUUGCCCUUAGGGUUUUUUUGGUUUCUCCUGCACAUUUGUGAUAUCUAUUCUAUAUAUUGUAUGUCUUUUGUUAAUACUCUUGUAUUGUUUUGUUUUAUAUAUAUUUUUCCUCUAGUGCUAAUAAAUAAAUAAUUAAUAUAUAAAUUGUUUACAUAAUUUGCUGACUUUUAAAAUGCACCAGACAAAUAAGCUUUGCUCCUGUAAUGUGUUUACAUAUUUUGUUAAUUUAAAAUAAAAUUUUCUGUUGCUGUGCCAAUCCCUUGCCCCUUUAAUGUGAAAGUUUCAUUUUAAUAUAAGAUUUUGGCUGUUAACAUUUUAGUAUGAUAAGGAAGUUACAAGAUUUAGUGAAGUUAUUUCAAUGUAUCUAUUUUUUGGACAUUUUACAGCGCUUAAAAAAAUAUCGCAAUAUUAUCGUUUACCGUGAUAAUUUGGUCACUAUAAUCGAGAUAUCAAAUUUUCCAUAUGGUUACAUCCCUAGACAGGGUUAAGUGUUUAUGUUUUUUGGUCUUUUCAGUGAAGCUGUUGUUUGUUUGGGAGCCAGAGUUAAUGUGCUGGUGGUCAAUUUGUGGCAGUGAGUUUAGCGGUCCGGUACAGCCGCUGUAGUUGCCGGUGGUUCUGUCCCUGUUAGGCUUAGCACGGAUUCCUUUUUGGAGUUCGUGUGGGGGGGUGUUAAUGUGGUGUGAACGUGGUUGGAGCUAUACGCUCGGGAGCACAGCCGAGGCUGCGGUGGAGUCGCCAAUUGUUGGUUGCUUCAUCGAGUUUGCGGUAAUUAGUGCAUAAAUACCCACCGCAAAUAGCGCUUGAAGACUAGGGGGGAGUUUAGCUAGAUCUGGGCAGGCAGUUAGAGGGACUUUGCCGCUGUGACGUUUGGGCUGUGUGACGGGCUGGGUGAGCUUGGUGUGCCAAGUGUUUAGUUGUGACUGAUUGACUGUGUGUAGGUAAGUGAGUUCUAGUGAGCAUGGCGAGUGUAAAGGAGUUUUUGAGAGCACCAUCAGAGGAGCUGCUGGAGGGCUGGUCACGUGGACAAUUGAUCCAGAUUGCAGAGUAUUUUAACUUUGAUGUUGGUGAUAAGAGAAUGAAAAAAAACAUAAAAAAUUUUAUCAGAGCUAAUCUGGCUGACCGGGGUUUUUUCAGUCCUAAAACACAUGUUGCUGGACUUGUAGACAGCGUUGAGGUGUCUGGCUGUGGCGAGGCUAGUUCGUCUUUUGAGCAGAGGAGGGAGUUGUUGCUCCUGCAGACAGAGAUGGAGAAGUUGGCAGUGGAGAAGCUGAGGAGAGAGGCUGAGCUUAAGAGGUUUGAGAUGGAAGAGCGGAGGUUGAGUCUGCAUACUGGUGGUCCUGUUCAUGCCUCUGGCUCUGCUGGUGGAUCCUUUUCUUCAUUUGAUGUUGCCAGUAAUCUGCGGUUAGUUCCUCAGUUUAGUGAAUGGUGCCCAGAUACUUUUUUCUCUUUGUUUGAACGUGUAGCUGAGAGCAGGGGUUAGUCUGAUUCUGAACUUACCCUUUUGUUACAGUGUGUGUUAACAGGUAAAGCUCAGGAGGCCUAUUCAGCCCUGUCAGUGGCUGAAAGCAAGGUUUAUUUGAGAGUCAAAGAGGCUGUGUUGAAAGCGUAUGAGUUAGUUCCUGAGGCCUACCGCCAGAAGUUGAGGUCUUGGGAGAAGUCUGGUAAGCAGAGUCACGUUGAGUUUGCCAGGGAUUUGGUCACCUUUUUCAGCCGGUGGCGCACUGCUUUAGAAGUCAGUACCUUUGAUGCCUUAUCUGAUUUGGUUGUUUUGGAGCAAUUUAAAAAUUCUGUUCCCAGUCACAUUGCAGUUUACAUCAGCGAGCACAAAGUGAAGACUGCAGCUGAGGCUGCUGCACUGACUGAUGACUAUGUGCUGACCCACCGCGGUGAGUUCAGGGCUCCUGAGGGUGGUGGUGCCUAUCGUGCUGUGGGUAAGUGGGAAGAGAAACAGCGUCCACACCAUGGUAAGUCUGAGUAUCCUACACGGGCUCAGUCGCAGUUCAACACUUCAAAAAAAUUUUCACUUCUGUAAGGGUAGAGGUCACUGGAAAGCUGAUUGUCCCAAAGCUAAUGCUCGUCGGGGGAAUAGUGGGGGUCAGGGUACCUCUGGUGUUUGUGCUGUGUCUGUGGAGCCUGUCUCUGUUGUCUCUCCUCCUCAGCAGCUGAAGGAUCGAGAGAAGCCUGACUUCUCAGCAUUCAUGUCCGAUGGCUAUGUGUCGCUGGUCGGAGGUAACACCACGGUACCGGCAAAAAUUUUGAGAGAUACUGCCGCGCAUGAUUCCUACAUUUUGAGCUCUGUGUUACCAUUUUCUGAGAACACUGAAACAGGAGACUUUGUCCUGAUGUGGGGUAUGGGAUUGAUUGUUGAGCCUGUUCCGCUGCAUUCUCUCAUUCUAGAUUGUGGUUUGGUGCAGGGUGAGGUCGCCAUGGGGGUACGUCCUGCACUGCCUGUAGAAGGGGUGGAUGUUAUCCUUGGGAAUGGUCUGGCUGGAAACCGUGUGUGGGCCAAGAGUCCACCGCCGCCCAUUGUGUCAUCUUUACCCAUUGUGGCUGGUAACGUAGAUGAGAUAGCACAUGCUUCCCUGGUGUUUACAGCUUGCGCUGUGACGCGGGCUAUGAGUCGUGAGCAGGGGGAGCCUGAGCAGGGUGAAGAGGUGAGUGAGGUUGAUGUUGUAAGUGUCCCUGACUCAUUGUUGCCUGUUUCUCGUUGUGAUUUAGUGUCAGAGCAACCGCUGUUUGAUGCCGUUUUCUCCACUGAGGAUGGGAGAAGUGCUGCUAGUGGUUAUCUGCUGCAGGAUGGCCUUCUGGUGAGGAAAUGGUUGCCGCACGGUGAGGAUUUCAUUGGGAAGCCAGUUUUUCAGUUUGUGGUUCUUGAGAAGUUUUGUUGCGAGGUUCUUAAAACUUCACACAACCAGCUUGGACAUCUGGGUGUACGUAAAAUGUAUAACUACAUUCUAAGGUAUUUCUUUUGGCCUCGUCUAAAGAGAGAUGUGUCAUGUUUUGUUAAAUCGUGUCACACAUGUCAGAUGACAGGAAAACCCAAUCAGGUUGUAAGUCCUGCUCCGCUUUGCCCCAUUCCAGCGAUUGCCCAGCCAUUUGAGCACUUAAUUGUUGAUUGUGUUGGUCCUCUGCCUCGGUCCAAAUCUGGUAGUAACAACCUGCUUACAGUGAUGUGUCAAAGCACGCGUUACCCAGCCCCAUAUCCUUUGCGUUCCAUCACAGCAAAGUCAGUGGUUAAAGCGUUAACACAGUUCAUUUCCGUUUUCGGAAUACCAAAAGUUAUCCAGAGCGACCAGGACUCAAAUUUUUCAUCCAACUUCUUCGCUCAGGUGUUGAAAAGGUCAAAGAUCCAGCAUAACAGGUCUUCUGCUUAUCAUGCACAGAAAGUCAGGGAGCUCUUGAGAGGCUCCAUCAAACACUUAAGUCUCUGUUGCAUGGUUAUUGUGUUGAGUUGAGUCAGGACUGGGAGGAAGGGUUGCCAUGGCUUCUGUUGGCUGCCAGGGAAGUUGUGCAGGACAGUACCGGUUUUAGCCCUAACGAGCUUGUUUUUGGCACUCGCGCUGCUACACGACACGUUGUCACAAGUGUGACAAAUGUUUUGCGUGUAAGGGCGGCAACACUAGUAAUUUGUCAAAACACCUACACACACCACAUCUAUUGCACGUCUGUCCGUCCUGGAAGAGGGAUCCCUCCUCAGUUGCU